CCCAGUUACAGAGUAAUUAUCCUGUUAUUGUCGAUCCAAAGGAGUCCUAACCCUGAAUUUUGGUUUUUUUGGCAUUGCUUGUUCCCCCAACCAUCCAAGCAAAUAAGCUCCCUUGUGAAACCAAGAGACACAGAAGUGCAAUGGCUUCUGGUUUUCGCAGACUGGCUGCAGACCAUGCGUCUCUUCACAGCUCAGGCCUUCCGCCAAAUUAUUUAUUCCCCCCAUCGAAUGGCCAAUCCUCCUUUCCGGAUGAUCUCAGACAGCUCACUAUCCUUCUAGCUGGGCCCCCGGUAACGCCUUACUCACAGGGCCUAUGGCGGCUUCAUCUCCGCAUCCCUGAAGAUUAUCCAAAAAGCCCGCCGAAAGCUGCAUUUCGAACACGGAUAUGGCAUCCAAAUGUCGAAGAAUCAACUGGCGCGGUGUGUGUGGACACCCUGAAGAGAGACUGGGAACCGAAAUUAACACUGAGAGAUGUACUCAUUACCAUAUCGUGCCUUUUGAUACAUCCUAAUCCGGAUUCGGCUUUGAACUCGGCAGCUGGGGCCCUCUUGCAGGAUGAUUAUGAGGCAUUCGCGCGCCAGGCGAAGCUAAUGACAUCCAUACAUGCCCCUGUUCCACAGGAGUUAAAAAGCCUUGCGCUGGAGGCGAAGAGAAGAGGUGAAGACCCAGAAACGAAUCUAGACGAAAUUCAAAAUACAAAGAAUUCGGCCCCUUCGCAGUCGAGGAAUAGGCCAAGCUCAUCCUCCGUGACUAUGAAGAAGGACGUCACGUCGCAUAAUGCGCCGAUGCCUAGCUCCAAGCUAGAUAUCAGACUCAAAAGGGAUAGCUUGCAGGACCAAAAAUUAAAUGGCGGGCGGGAAGAUGACUCAGAUGAAGGCGAUGACCCAGGCAGUGCAUCCAAAGAAAAUGACCCGUCGCUGUCACUGUCCCCUGUCACUUUCCCACCGCCGAGCCCGUGGAAGAGCGUCCUUGGCAAACGGCCGCUUUCCGCGCUCACACCGCCCGAACCGGAUGAAAUGGUUGUGAUUAAUGACGAUGAGGACGGUUUCAACGCUCUAAGCAAUUCUGAGAGAAACAUCGCGGCAAACGUAAACUACAGCGACCGUGGCCAGCGACAGACGUCACGGCGGAAAUCUCCGAAAAUCGCAGAUCCGAGAAAAAGUCCAAUUACUCCGGCUUCCCAGUUCCAGUCAACAGCCCGGCUGCAGCCUGCUUCCGAAACGGCUCAUGCAAAGGGUCGAGCCGAGCAGCAACUAAGUCUAAGCGAUGCUCACCCUGCAAAUAACGAAACAUCCAAGCCCGUAAUCGGCAAUACAUCGCUAAAGAGCAACGUCAUCAUCACAAACUUGGCUCCUCGGGCCCAGCCACCAUCCGCAACUACCGCGUUCAUGCCCCAAUAUUUGAGAAGCCCCCUUUCUGGCGUCGGCACCAUUUCAUCCAAAUCUCGACCAUCCAAACCACCUCCUCCUGCCACCCGCAAGGUAUCAACCAACAGUGUUAGACCGAAGCCGCGAACGGGGCUUAGACGGCUAUAGUUCCCUAUUUUCCUUUUUAUCCUUUCUAUUUACCAGCUACUUAUGCUUUAUUUUGCUUUCGUGUCCCUCCUUUCAGUCAUGAAAUAGCAAGGGUGGUUUUUCUCAACAGCGAUUAUUUUCGUUAAUGUAUGUUGCACAGCGAAGCAGUUUUCAGUCCCAAUGAAAACUUAUGGUGAACGAAAGAAGUACAAGGGUGUAGCCGAUGUCUGAAGAGUUGUCCUCGGAUCUUACUUUAACGGCAGAAAGUUAAGAGCAGC